AACAUCGCGAUAUCCGGCCUUACCUCUUGGCUACAGCCUUUACACAGAGACUACGUUUCCCAGGAGACACUGCGAUGCGGUCCCAAUCGUGAUGCAGCCCCGGCGCGGCUUUGUGCGUCUGCGUCUGCGCCAUCUUCCGGCUCCGGGCGGCUAGUCCGCCGGUACUGAGAAAGAAGCUCAGCUGCGGCUGUGGGGAGCGCAGCCGCGGUGGCAGCUGGACCCGAGGAGGCGGCAGUUCUGCCGUCUCAGGACUCGGCUCUUCCCCAAGAGAGGAGCCUGGAGAAGGCCUCAUCAGCCCAUGAAAUUCUGAAAGUCAUGUCCAUCGGGUCAGACUUGUUCAGGGAUGUGGCCGUCGUCUUCUCCCGAGAAGAGUGGGAACAGCUGACACCUGCUCAGAGGGACUUGUACAGAGAUGUCAUGUUGGAGAUCUAUAGCAUCCUGCUCUCACUGGGUCCAGAUCUUGCCGUUUCCAAACCCGAUGUGAUCUCCUUCCUGGAGCAAGGCAAGGAGCCCUGGAGGGUGGAGGAGGCAGUGACCGGAGGCCUGUGCCCAGUCUUGGAGUCGAGAUAUGAUACUCAGGUCUUAUCUCUGAAGCAGCCCGUUUGUGAAGUGCUGUCACCCGGGUACGAGAGAACAGAAAGCCUUACAAGUUGUGGUCCCGAAUACUCGAGUUUCCAAGAUGACUGGGAAUGCAGACACCAGUGUGACAGACAGCAGGGGAAUCCAGACGGACAUUUGAGUCAAAUGAUAAUUAAUCAUGAAGAAAUGCCCACUUUUGACCCGCAAGUAUCCCUUACUUUUUAUCAGAAGAUCCAUCCUGGAGACAAAUCCUAUACAUAUAAUGAUGGCAGCGAAGACUUCUGGCCAGAGGACUUCCUUAUGAACCAUCAAGGAAUUCAUACUAAUGAGAAACCCUAUAAAUGUAAGGAGUGUGGGAAGGCCUUUAAAUAUGGUUCACGACUAAUUCAACAUGAGAAUAUUCAUUCUGGCAAGAAACCAUAUGAGUGUAAGGAAUGUGGGAAGGCCUUCAAUUCGGGAUCAAAUUUCAUACAACACCAGAGAGUUCAUACUGGUGAGAAACCCUAUGAAUGUAAGGAUUGUGCCAAGGCCUUUAGUCGGAGCUCGCAGUUGAUUGAACAUCAAAGAAUUCAUACUGGGGAGAAGCCCUAUCAAUGUAAGGAGUGUGGGAAGGCCUUCAAUCGGAUCUCACAUCUUAAAGUACAUUAUAGAAUUCACACAGGUGAGAAGCCCUAUGCCUGCAAGGAAUGUGGAAAGACCUUUAGUCACCGGUCUCAGUUGAUCCAACAUCAGACUAUUCAUACUGGCAAGAAGCUCUAUGAAUGUAAGGACUGUGGGAAGGCCUUCAAUCAGGGCUCAACCCUUAUUCGACAUCAGAGAAUUCACACUGGUGAGAAGCCCUAUGAAUGUAAGGCCUGCGGGAAGGCCUUUAGGGUGAGCUCACAACUUAAGCAACACCAGAGAAUUCACACUGGAGAGAAACCCUACCAGUGCAAGGUGUGCGGUAGGGCUUUCAAACGGGUCUCACACCUUACUGUGCAUUAUAGAAUCCAUACGGGUGAGAAACCCUACGAAUGUAAGGCGUGUAGGAAGGCCUUCAGCCACUGCUCACAGCUAAUUCAGCAUCAGCUCAUUCACACUGAGGAAAAGCCCCGGGACUAUAAGGAAGAGGGGAGGACUUUCCAUUGUGAUUCAGCUACUGUUCAGCACCAGAGAAUAAUUUAUACUGGUGAGAAGCUGUGUGCAUGUAAUGGACAUGAAAAGGUCUUCAGUCAUCUCUCAUAUCUUCCUCAACCACAGAGGAUCCAUACUGGUGAACCAUUUCAAUGCAAUGAAUGUGGAAAAGCUUUUAGUCGCUUGACACUAGUUGUUACUCAACAUCAGAAGACUCAUACUGGUGAGAGGCCCUAUGAAUGUAAGAAAUGUGGGAAACCUCUAGGCUUCAGGGAAGGAGCCUUGGGACAUGAAGAAGUCUAUGGAGGAAAGAAACUUUUCAAAUGUAACGAAUGUGAGAAAACCUUCACCCAGAGGUCAUCCCUUACUGUUCAUCAAAGAAUCCAUACUGGUGAAAAGCCAUAUGAAUGUAAAGAAUGUGGAAAAGCCUUCAACCAGAGUCAACACCUUGCUCAACAUCGCCGAACACAUACCGGAGAGAAACUCUUUGAAUGUAAAGAAUGUAGGAAAGCCUUCAGCCAAAAUGUACACCUUAUUCAACAUCAAAGAAUUCAUACUGGAGAAAAACCAUAUAAAUGUAAGGAAUGUAGAAAAGCCUUCAGCCAGCCUGCGCACCUUGCUCAGCAUCGGAGAAUUCAUACUGGAGAGAAGCCCUAUGAAUGUAAGGAAUGUGGAAAGGCAUUCAGUGAUGGCUCCUCCUUUGCCCGACAUCAAAGAUGUCACACUGGCAAAAGACCCUAUGAAUGUGUUGAAUGUGGGAAAGCCCUCAGGCAGAAUGCAUCCCUUAUUCGUCACUGGAGAUAUUAUCACACCGGGGAGAAACCCUUUGAAUGUGUCAACUGUGGGAAAGCCUUCAGUGAUCACAUAGGCCUUAUUCAACAUAGGAGAAUUCAUACUGGAGAGAAACCCUACAAAUGUGAUGCGUGUGGGAAAACCUUCAGCUAUGGCUCAUCCCUUAUUGUACAUCAGAGAAUUCACACAGGAGAGAAACCUUACAAAUGUGAUGUCUGUGGGAAGGCCUUUAGCCAUCACGCAUCACUCACUCAACAUCAAAGAGUGCAUUCUGGAGAGAAACCUUUUGAGUGCAAGGAGUGUGGGAAAGGCUUUAGGCAGAGUAUACACCUUGCUAGUCAUCUGAGAAUUCAUACUGGUGAAAAACCCUAUGAAUGUAAGGAAUGUGGAAAAGCUUUCAGCAUCAGUUCACAGCUGGCCACUCAUCAGAGAAUUCAUACUGGAGAGAAGCCCUAUGCAUGCAAGGAAUGUGGUAAAUCUUUCAACCAGAGGGCACACCUUGUACAACAUUAUAAAAUUCAUACAGGAGAGAAACCCUACGAGUGUAAUGAAUGUGGUAAAGCCUUCAGCCAGACUACCCGCCUCAUUCAACAUCAAAGAGUUCAUACUGGAGAAAAACCCUAUCAAUGUACUGAAUGUGGAAAAGCUUUUAGUGAUAGUUCAUCCCGCGCUCAGCAUCAGAGACUUCAUACUGGCCAAAGGCCCUAUGAAUGUGUUGACUGUCAGAAGACAUUUAGGACAAAGUCAUCCCUUAUUUGUCAUCAAAGAUGUCACACUGGUGAGAAACCUUAUGAGUGUAGUGCAUGUGGCAAAGCCUUUAGCCAUCGUCAGUCCCUUACUGUUCACCACAGAAUUCAUUCAGGAGAGAAACCAUAUGAAUGUCAGGAAUGUAGGAAAACCUUUAGCCAGACUGGACACCUUAAUCUACAUAGAAGAGUCCAUAGUAGAGAGAGAUCUUACAAAUGUAAGGAAUGUGGAAAUGUCUUCAGACAAAGUGUAUACCUUGCUCAACACCAGAAAAUUCAUGCUGUAGAGUCUGCUCAGUCAGCCAGCUUUUCCUCAUCCCUUAUACCACCAAGUCCUGUGGAUAUAUCUGCUAAAUAUUUUUGGAAUUCAUCCACUUAUUUCAGUUCUCAUUGCCCUAGUCCAAAACCGAGUCCUUUUUCCUGGACUAUUCCAAUUGUAUAAGAACUGACUUCCUUGCAUCCUCUUUUGUCCCUCUUUUGAAUCCCCUUGAAAUUCAUUGUUCACACUACUACCACAGCAUUAUUUUUAAAAUGUAAAUGUAAUAAUAUUACUUUCCUCCUAAGACCCUGCUAAGAAAUUUAUU